UAAACAUUACGCAUAUGUUUUUCUCUAUCUCAGGUUUUCUGUUAUUCUGUUAUUAAUCACGGUUCUACUUUAAAUAAGUACUUUUUAGUUUUAAUCGCUUAUUUUAACAUUAAUUUAACUCCUCGGUGUUAUUCAAAAUUUAAAUGAUUUAAUUUUAAUACUUGGUUUUUAAACACUUAAUGAGCAAAGAAACCAAAUAAUAUGUCGUUUAUAAAGUCAUCUCUAGUGAUACACAUAUUAAUCGCACUGGUGUUUUUAGUGUCUGGUCUUACUAUCAAUUUGUUACAGUUAUUAUUUUUUAUAAUCUUGUGGCCACUACACAAAGAGCUUUUCAGAAAAAUUAACUACUAUUUUUCAUACGUUAUUUACUCAGAACUCGUUUUCCUAUCCGAUUGGUGGGCUGGUGUAGAAUAUUACUUUUAUGUAGAUAAAGAAGAUUACAAGUACUUUGGCAAAGAACACGCGAUAUUCAUUAUUAACCACAAGUAUGAAAUUGACUGGCUAACAGCUUGGGUCAUUCACGAUCGAAUCGGUGGCAUUCUCGGGAACUGCAAAGCAUUCGCGAAAAACAGUCUCAAGUACAUGCCUGUGAUUGGUUGGGCUUGGUGGUUUGGUGAAUUUUUAUUCCUUCAGAGAGAUUUGGUAAAAGACAAGUACACAAUCGAAACUAAGCUCAAAACAUUGUUCGAAUAUGAAAACCCAGUCACGAUGUUAUUAUAUGCAGAAGGCACCAGAUUCACAAAAGAAAAACAAGAAGCCAGCAUUAAGUUUGCUCGAACAAAAGGACUACCAGAGUUAAAAGAACACUUGUUGCCGAGGACUAAAGGUUUUAGCAUUGGAUUGCCUCAUUUUAGACAAAAUUUGCCAGCCGUUUAUAAUGUUCAAAUGGCUUUUAGAGGAGAAGAAAAACCAACAUUGAGAGCAUUGUUAAAUGGUCAACGGUUAGAAGCACAUGUAUAUAUGGAAAGAAUACCUAUUGAAAAAAUUCCAGAAAACGACAAGGAAUGUGAUAAAUGGAUGUACGAUCUGUACGAGAAAAAAGAUAAAAUGAUGGUCAGUUUCUUUAACACAGGAGAUUGGUUUAAAGAAAGUGGUGUAAAGCCAGUGGAGAAAUUUGUUCCACCAUAUCGUUAUUAUAGUCUUCUCAACAUAGUUUUUUGGUCAAUCUUAAUUUUAACACCAUUUUUCUACUUCACAUUUAACAUAUUGAUUUCGGGAAAUUUACUUCAUAUACUAUUGUUGGUAGUACCAAUUGGUUUACUUUAUGUAGUCUUAUCCAAAUUGAUGAGCGUUUCAGAAAUAAGCAAGACGUCUUCGGAAUACGGUACAGACAAACCAAAAACGAAAUAACUACAAAAUAAAGAAAUAAAGAAACAAUGUUUAGAAAAGUUUUUAACUUAUAGUUUCAAGUUAAAAUUUUUUAUUUAAAUUAUAAGCUUCAUUGUCAUAUAGCUAUACGAGUACUAUAGCAAGA